UUUUUUUUUUAAUUCCCAGCACAGAAAUAUUCCUUUAUUAUUUAUUAAUGAUAUGCAAUUGUGACAGCACUGGAAAUGAUACUGAAGUAUCCCUUUGGGCCCUUGAACUGCUGGGGCUAGAAGUGGUAUAUGUGCUUUGUGCUGAUCAGAGGCUGGGCUAGAACAGAGGCCAAAGGAACUCUCCUUUGAGAGCUGAGAUCAGGUUCAGAGCCAGGCCUCCCUGGUGAUGCUAGCAGUACAAAUUUAGCAGGCCUAUUAAAAGGCCUUGCACAAGCUUGCUGAUAUUCCUUGUGUGAGGCAGGGGGACACAAGUGAGAAUACACCCUCAAAUUCAGCCAGAUUAAGAACCUACUUGGCAGCAAAAUGUAUGGUGGCAUUUUAGAUUUUCUUGAUCAAGCAAUUGAUGUGUCAAGCAUUUAAACGGCACUUACAUUUCCAUUAUUGACUUUUAUCUACUGAGGUCCAUAGUUAUAAAAGGUCACCAUAGAACUAAAAAUAAAGGUUGUCUUUGCCGUGUGCAUUCAUGCUGAUGUGAAGAUAAAAAGCACUUGUGCUGUUGAUGAAAUAUCAGGUCAACGCCAGUGUAAAUGCAGGUAAGGAGACACUGUCAUCUGACAGCUGGCUCUCCAGGGACCAGAGGCAUUGUGGGUGCUUAACUCACUGGUGGUGUUCAUUUCAUCAGUGAAUUAUUCAACGGUAUACUGUGGCAACUGCUGUUCAUACCAAGCAGUGCAAGUGCCAUCUUAGAUAUGCAUUAUGAUGCUGUAAUCUAUUGUAAAGCAAAACAAAAGACAUAAACUACUGUUAGUUCAGCAUGGACAAAGAUACUGCAGUGGAUCAGCUGGUAUUUCACUGAAAAAGUAUGUUCCCGAAUUAUCCCAAUAUUUCAUUUGUUUUGAAAGGUGUUCCACAUAUGCAGCAGGCAAACGGUUACAAUCAAAUUCAAAAGUGAUGUCAGCUACAAUAGAUGAUGGGAAAUUGAUUGACUGGUCUGUGUAACUGGAGCCUUGAGCUCCUGGUCAUUAAUAGGGUCCAUGUUUUCAACACGGGGCAGACAGACCUGCCCACCAGCAGACACACACUGCACCAGUGGAGGAGAGGGGGCAUAAGGGAUGACAGCACUGAACUUGCUGCAGAUGCAGGAACCGAACGCGUUGGGAAAGGCGGGAGACGACAUGGAGGAGAUGUACAGCAUUAGCUCUGUCAGUCCAUGUCCUGUAGAGGAGUCUCAGCCUAACGGAGUCGUCGGAGCGGGAGAGACCACCACCAAGCUGCCAGCAUGUCUCUCCCAGGAGAACCUAAACAACUUGCCUCUCCACAUCUCGCCUUUAGAGGCCAUCCGAGAGCUGGACGAGGCUGAGGAGGCUUUGUCUGGUCUGCGCAGUCCAGGAGAUGGAGCGGUGAGGGCUAAAGAUCAGCUCGGGACCAGGGAGGAGUCGCCACUACAUUCCACAGAGAGGGAAACGGAUGAACCGGCUUUCGAGGAUAGUGAAGGAGACGAUGCUCCCGGGUCUGUUACGGUGAAGACCUUAAGAUCCAUAAUCACAAGCGAGGACGGGGUCAACCUGGACACUCCACAGACAGAAACCUGUAGUUCCCCUCAUGACAUCUCUGAUCUAGGUUGCCUUCGAGAUGAUUCACCAAAACAUACCUCGCAGAAAUGGCUUGGAUCAGGAGGGAAGCACAAAGGAAUGCUGGGAACCAACUCCACUUUAGAACGGACAAUUGUUAUCAUUGGAUCUGAACUGACUGAAACUGGAUCAUCUGUCACCUCUCUACAGAUGGACCCGAAGGAGAGACGCAUGCACACACACAUGGGUGUUACAGGAAGCGGUGAGCUGAGGAACUCUACAGGUAGCGUCUCUGAUUUAGAGGAGAAUACACCUGAGGACCCAACCCAAGGUGAUGUGUGCAGCAGCAGCACAAGGGCUUCUACACCGGAGGCAUGUAACAGUACUCUCAUUGACAUCCUCACUGCGUGUCAAACCAAAGUGGAGCAUCUGGAACGGCUCAAAUGCUCCUCUUUCGAGCUGACGAUCCAGCUCCAGUCUGCGCAGGCACUGGCGACCCAUCUCCAGCAGCAGGUGGUGGGGUUGGAGCAGGAGCGCUGCAGCCGGCAGGAGGAGGUGCAGGGGCUCCAGGAGCAGCUGCAGGAGGCGCAGAGAGCUCUGCAGGAGAAGAGCACACAGACGGCCCGCAUUAGCGAGGAGCUGCGGCUGCUUCACCUGCAGCGGGAGGAGAGGACAAGCGCCUCCGGGUCCUCUGGGGUCCAGGAGCCCCCGAAUGGCCAUGCGCUCACGCUGUCUGCUGGGGCGGACCAUGGCCCCUCACGAGUAUGCACACUGCUCUGAUAGUGGGGGGACCAUGGCCCCUCACGAGUAUGCACACUGCUCUGAUAGUGGGGCGGACCAUCGCCCCUCACGAGUAUGCACACCGCUCUGAUAGUGGGGGGACCAUGGGCCUCACGA